AUGGGAGAGGCACACGGAGAAGCUGGAAAAGCUGCUGUGGCGACCGAUCGACCCGAACACCGUCUUCCGCCAAGGCUACCUGUCACCGACUUCCGCAGUGGAAAUGCGGAACUCGACAGACCCGAAAACAUAGACCUGCUCAUCCUCGCCGUCAAAUUCGGACAGACCGGCUACGUGCAGAUGCUUCUGGACCACCGGGCUAAUGUCCACGGCUCCGCAGACCCCUGGACACCCUUGGACAUGGCAUGCGAAUAUCACCCGGAGGACCUAUCAGGCCAUGCUCCACGACCUGGCCUGAUAACGAUGCUGCUGACGGCCCAAGCCGACCCGGAACCCAUGCUCCGAGACGCCAGCAGCUGGGUCCUGAAUCCAGCCCCGACAGACUACUUCCGCUUGGCAACACCUCGCAUGCUGGGCGACACCGUGGCCUUGGCCUGCGCAGCGGCCGCUCACUCAAACCCCACUUUUAUGCAGCAUGUCGUGAGAGCAGCCCAAACGCCCGCCAUCCCGAGGGAUCCCGGCAGCAGCAGCAGCAGCAAGGUAGCGGAAACAUACGUACUGUCGGCGAGCCUGUGCAGCGCGGCUUGCACGGGCAACACACAGAACGUGCGCUGGCUCCUAGAGAUGCAGGUGCAGGCAGACGCGCACGUGUGCACAAGCGUCCUAAAAGGUUGGCCCGACCUCGUGCGCAAUGAACGACAACAGCGCACGGCCCUCAGCCUCGCUGCCGCCAACGGUCACUGCACCACCACGCAGGCACUCCUAGAAGCCAGGGCCGACGCGAACCUUAGCUUGGACGGACAUCCACCCUUGCACCGCGCUGCUCUCCACGAAGCACCAGCAGCGAUAAUAAGUUCGAUAUUAACUGCCGCCGGCGAAGUCAACGGGGAAGACAAACUUGGGCGCACGGCACUGACACUGGCUGUGCUAUGCACAGGAGCACGAGACACGACAGUGAUUCGGAUCCUGCUAGAAGCCAAAGCAGACAAAUUUCACAGAGACCAGACCGGCCACACGCCCCUGAGCACCGCAGCCCAAUGCCCCAGUGCCGAGCUCACCGAACUCAUGCAAAUCCCAGAAGAAAAACACGACCGAGCACAAACACCGAACAACCUGCGCUGCCAGUACAGGAAGCUUCAACAAUGCCGCAGCUUCGACAGCAGCGAAGAAGACAUAUGUGAGACAAUGAUGCACAAGAGCAACCGCCGAUGGGCCGACAUAACGGACGACGACGGCGAGGACAUCGGCUGGGACAUCCAGGCGUUCAGGAAGCACUACCUCGCAACGAAGUGCAGUUUGACACUUCUGACGCCCGUCCGUGUCCCAGCAGGAAGGAUCAAGAUCGACGAGGCAUGCUGCAUGGAAGACGUUCCCAACGACACCAACAGCACGGAGCAGCGCGAUCGGUGCGAAGCGAUCGCCACGCCGACACAAGAAGGCAAGCAGCAGCUACGUGUGUCCGCGUAUGUGCGUGUGCCUGUGCGUGCCUGUGCCGAAAGAGCCACCGCAGCAGCUGCCGCAUGGCGAGGAGGCGCGAACCACGAUUCGCCUCGCCAUCCGGAACUGGGCCCCAGCAUCGAGGAGCAUUUCCGCGGAAGAUUGGCACUGAAGAAGAUGACGGGCGACGGCAACUGCCUGUUCCACGCCCUCGCCAACAAGACCCAAGAAGACGGAGUACAGCUGCGGUCCUUGAUCAUUCAGUUCCUGCAGGACAACGCAGCCUGCGAAGACGACGAAGAACAGACGGAUGCCUGGCUGGAAGAAGCCGAAUACCUCCACAGCAACCCCAGCCACUGGGGCGGCGACACCGCCAUCAUCGCCUUCACGCUGAUGAGACAGCAGAGGGUGUUCCUGCAUUGGCGAGCAGCAAACGGUGAGAUCGAGACGAUCGAGCGCACGCACGCGGAUGUGGAAACGGCAGCAGAACGGCGCCCGCGCGAACGACAGAACUUCAUGCAGGCAAUCCAUCUCUGGUACAACGGAAGAGACCACUACGACGUGCUCGUGCCCAGCGACGAACUAGCGCACGCUGCAGACACGACCGAUGCACCCCCGCCCCACCCGGAGGAAGGGCCCAACCUCCUCGAAGAGCUAACCAGCAUGCCCGUUGCAGCAGAGGCCACCCACCCGAGACGCAAGCUGGAAGACGCGCUGAAGCACCUCGCAAGCACCCACCUUCGAGCCCAGCCACUGAUACCGCCCGACGCCAAACCCGAAGAGGUGGACAGCGGCGAGGCCUGGCCUCAGGUCUUCUGCGCAUUCCACGGGUGCACAUGGGCCUUGCCAACAGGAACGGAAGAAGAGCUCCACGAGCACGUGAAGAACACUCACAGGGCGGAGCUAGGAAUGGCGGCUCAACACCUACCCAGCCCCAAGCCGGCCGACGCGCUGACCAGCGUCUACAACGAGGCCGUCGCGCUGCGAUGCAGAGAAGCCGCGCCCGUCGCGGGAAGCUCGCGAGACAGAAGCGCGCUGCGAAGCUUCGCCGAGGCCACAAGCAAGGACAGGGUGGAAUCGCUCAUCUGCUUCAGCUGCGCCUGCAUCCAUCCUGUUGCCGACACGGCAAACAGCGGCCGCAUCCACUGGGCCAGACUCAUCGAGGGCCCCGCCAACAACGACGACGUCGGUCGCGCCGAAAUGGCUGACCGCCUGCACGAGCUGUUCAGCAUCGACAAGUACCUGGAGCGCUACGAGGACCUCGCCGGCGACGUGAAACUCAAGGACGUGACCAACUUCGACGACUGGACGGUUACCAUCCCCGGGUUCGGCGACCUGCUGUGCUGCCCGGAGGACCAUCGCUGCCAGGCCUGCCCCCAGCACCCCAGCCAGAACACUCUAUGCGAGCACUGCGAAGUGCCCCUCUGCAGCGACUGCCGGCGGCACCUGAAAAACGGCAAACUACCGCCCUUGAGCCUGUGCAACGACAUGUGGACCGGAUACUCACCGGCACGCCUCCACGCCGAGAAGGUCACUGUAAUGGAGAUGAUCUGUGCGAGUCCCUGCAUCACGACGCUGAUCUGCAUGGCCAUGGAAGCACGACACCGCAGCGAAGGAACCACCCUGGACGAGAAGGCCCAGUGCGCCAACCACCGGCUCGGAGCCCGAGGCAACGCCCUCAGCUUCCCACUGCCAUGGGAAGACGUGCUGCGCAACCUACAGGCACACGACGCAGAAGUAGCGCAGGCGCAGCAAGCGGCGGCGGCAAGCGGAGAGGAACCGACGCCCAGCUUGCCGCGCGCGGGCAAGGCACUCGGAGACGUGGUGCGGGUCCUCUUGAAGACGAACAGGACGGGCAAGACCAGCGAGUCCGAAAUCAAGACCCUGCUCCACCAAGCGACAGUGCGGAGAGAAGUGGUCGUCAACCUCAUCCUCGACAUGCAGCGCCUGGGCCAUCCCGCAUUCCAGCACCUGCGACAAGAAGCCCUCCGAGAGGCUGCCGCGCAGCUGCCGGAAGGCGGCGUGCCGCCGGAGGUGCUGAAGAUCAUCCACGGCAUGACCGAGGAGGACGAGACGAGCCACAAGCUGCAGCCACAGAAGGCAGCGGCCCCAACGGACGCCCCGGAGCAAGACGUGAAGCAAGCCGGCGCCAUCUUCGCCAACCAGCGAGCCCGAGCCGUCCUUCCGGAAGGCUGCAACCAAGACCGCGAGGACCAGAACGCCGUGGCGACGGCCGCCCUGAACGACCUCGAGGACCAGCUCCAAACCAAGCAGGAAAGCGAGAGGAUCUGCAACACCCUCGAAGUGCGCACGAGCAACGCCCUCGUGGACCAGUUCCAGCCGCUCUACUUCGCCACGGCCUUCAGCUUCUGCUUCGCGCACGGGACCGCCUGCCCCGACGUCCAGAACAGCCAAGCGGACGCCCGCCGAAACCAGCAGGACCCGGGACGGCGCCGCAGACGCAACCCGCAAGCCCCCAAGGUGGAAAUCCACGCCUGGGCAGCAGCCAUGCAACGACGAGCCGAGACGCAAUUCCGGCGGGACUGGACCUUCGGCUUCACCCUGUGGAACUACCUGUUCAGGACCAUGGUCAACGUGCAAAAGAACACCUUCAUGUACUGCGUCCCCGACGAGAACAACGGACGCAGAGCACUGACCAACCAAGAGAUCUUGGACGGCGGGAAGCAGAUCCAGAAAGAGCUGGCCAAAGGGCAGUACCUGGACGUCAACAACCAACUGCGGCCCGUCAACGGAGACUUGAGCAAGGUACGCUUCGCCACCGGACUCACACCGGCAGCCCUGAAGGUCUUGGACAACACGGCGGCACGCAGCAGGAACACCCCCGGGACCCACGAGGUCCGCAAGACCAUGCGCCACCAAACCCACGCCAACCGGAUCUGCCACGGCACCCCGCUCUUCGUGACCUUCUCCCCGUCCGAGCGAGACAACGCGGUGAUGCUGCGCCUCGCCCGCGCCCGGCAAUCCGACCCCAGCCUCAGCCAGGAGUCCGCGACCAGCCGCGCCGCACAGGGCCGCGGCAAGCCCGACCUGGACGUGGAGUUCUACAGCCUGAGCCCGGAAGCACUCGCCGCGGAGCUGCCGCCCUACGACGAUCGGCGCGCCAUGCUGGCCAAAGACCCCGUGGCCUGCGCGGACGGCUUCCGCACCCUGGUGCAGCUGGCACUCCGACACCUCUUCGGCGUUCGCUACUGCCCCAAAUGCCCGGAUUGCGGAAAUUCCAGCAGGCCCUGCGCGGACGCGUUCGGCAGCAACGCCAUGGCGUGCGGGGGCAUCUUCGGGCGGCUGGACGCCGCCUUCGGCUCCAUCGAGUGCCAGAAGUCCGGAGUGCUGCACAUCCACUUCCAGCUCUUCCUCCAGUGCUUCCACCAGUUCAACCCGCUCUCGGAACUGCAAGCGCUGGGCCCGCAGCGCAAGAUGGACCUCUUCCAGAAGUACUGCGCCUACACCGCCCACGUCAGCCGCACCAUCUACCGGGACCCGCAAGCAUGGGAAAGGAAGCGCCAGGAGACGGAAGAGAAGUGGCCCGCCUACCGCGACUCCUUCCUGGCCCUGAGCCGCCCGAACUACCAGAGGGCGGACGCCUCCACGAACGGCCCGACCUGGCGGCGCCUGUUCCUGGACGAAGACGUGGAAGCCUUGCAGCAGCUGAAACAGCAUCAUGUGCACCUGCCCAAGAAGACGGGCGGCCCGCGCCUGCCGCUGGACCACUGCCGCGACAAGAAGAACCCCACCAAAUGCAAGGCGGGCUUCCCCCGCGAACUGCAGCUGAUCGAAAAGACGACGCUGAUGUGCAAGGGACUCGCCGAAGAGAUGGGCAUGCCCGUGAAGGGCAAGCGCAGCGCCCUCGGUCGCCUGCGGGGGCCCUGCAACGACCCGAACCUCAACGGCAACCACCCCGCCUUGCUGGCCGCUCUCCGCUGCAACGGCGACGUGCAGGUGCCCUAUCGCUUCCCGAUCACGGAGGACCUCCACGCCGCGUGCGGCCGCUGCGACAAGGACUGCCCCGCCCAGAACAGCCUACGCGAAAUGACCCAGCAGGCCCAGGUGAACCAGGCCGCACAGGCGGGCUACGCCUGCGACUACAGCAACAAGCGCAAUCCCAUCGCCGUCAACGAGGUCCAAGAGUGGAAGAAAAGCCAGAAAGAUUUGGAAGCGGAGCUGCAGAACAACGCCUCCAGCGGCUACGUGGGCGCCCGGGUCUCGAAGCGCCUCAUGACCGACGCCUUUGCCCGCGGCGUGGUCCGCGGGUCCGUGGAGUGCGCGAACCUCAUCGACCACGCCGGCCGCGACGACCCCACGGCGGCGGAGGCCAUCAAGACCGCCCAGGUCGACGAGAUGUCCCUCAAGACCGGAGUCGAUCUCUUGCAAGCGGCCAUAGACGGCAGGCCGUUCCCGCCAGAACGCGAGAAGCUCCAAAGUGACCUCAGCAGGAACUUCGAAGCGCCGAGCAAGAAGAAAGCCAUAGCUCAUCCGCAACUGUGGACGGUCUACGGGAACCGCGGAACCGAUCCUCGCGUCCGGCCACUCUCGGCCUUCGAGUUCGUGCGGUACUACCACACCCGGGCAGUCAGGUACCCGUGGAAAGCCGAGAAACAAGAACAAGCCAUGGCCGCCUUGGCCAGCGGGCAAACAGACAUCCCCUACCACGCCCUGCUGACGGACAGCGGCAUGACAUGGCUGCAAAAACAAUUAGGGCGCAGCAAGCUUCAAGGCGGCGUCCACUACCUGAUCCGAGAAGAGGGCGGCGAGGACUGGAUGCCGCUGGGAAACGGCAGCCUCGCCCAGAAACACCGCCACGAUUGGGUGAUCGUUCCACGGCAUCGACCUAACGUACCCGUUCUCUACGGCGCGCUGGGCAGCCGCAGCGAGGAGGAGCACAUCAUGAAGAUCCUCGUGCUGUUCUGCCCCUGGACCAGCAACCCGCAGGACGCCACGGAGGCCGUGCCCUACAUUGGCCAGCUGCGCACGCCGGACAUGAGCACCUGGCGCGAAGCUUUGCGCUGCGCCUGGAGGCACGGCGACGGCUUCCCCACGGAAGAACUGAAGCGCUACGUCCUGAACUACGCCUUCGUGUACUGCCUCCCGCGAUCCCUGCAGCCCGACCAGGACCUGGCCGCGAACAGCGACAACGAGGACCUGAAGGACGAGGUCUGCCACUUCGACGAGGACGAGCUCCAGCAGGCCACCGGAACGCGAGUGCGGGGAGCCGGCAAAGAAGCAGCGAACGCCGCAGAGGAAGAAGAUCCGGCCGACGAAGCGGAGCCGCCCGCCACCAGCACCCAGCACGACCUGACCGUCCAGAUGAUGAGCAUCUCCCACAACUUCUGGCUGGGCAAGGCUUCCGAAGCCACACAA